CCAGUUCCGACGUGGCUGAUAGUGGAGGGGACAUCGAAAUGGAAGCACCCUCGCAAAUUGGGACCUUCAGUCGCUGUCGCUUCAGUCUCAGUCUGUCUGGAAUCCACAUGCGGAUUACUAAUAGCUCAGAUAUCUCUGAAAUUUAUCGGCCUACCACAAUCUAAGCUGAUUGUUGCUUCGAGUCUGAAACGGAAAUUUGGGUCGAGUUCGACGGAAGUGUUAAGCAAACUCAACAUGCCAGUUGAUAUACAAAGUGUCCUAAUCAGCGAUCCCGUGGACGAGAAGUGUGUGCAAUUGCUCAUUAGUCACGGGAUUCAAGUGACACGCAAAUAUAAAUUGUCAAAAGAAGACCUUAUCAAGGAACUACAUAACCAUCAAGCUCUGAUUGUGAGGUCGGAAACGAAAGUCACAGCAGAAGUUAUAGAAGGCGCUUCUACUCUUAAAGUUGUAGGAAGAGCUGGCACAGGUGUGGACAAUAUUGAUGUCGCAGCUGCCACAAAAAAAGGAAUUAUUGUUUUAAAUACGCCUGCUGCAAACAGUAUUAGUGCAUGUGAAUUAACCUGUGCUUUGAUAUCUUCGCUGGCGAGAAAUGUAGCCCAGGCCUGCCAAUCGUUAAAGGAAGGAAGAUGGGACCGUAAAUUAUACUCCGGAUUCGAGUUAUAUGGAAAAACUUUAGGAAUAAUUGGCAUGGGCCGUAUUGGACGCGAGGUAGCAAUUAGAAUGCAAUCUUUUGGAAUGAAGAUUGUGGCAUUUGAUCCUAUUUUGAAGGACGAAGAUGCAGUUAAGCUGGACAUCAAGAAAUUAAGUCUUGAUGAAAUUUGGCCAGUAGCGGACUAUAUUACUGUUCAUACACCUCUUAUUCCACAAACUAAAAAUUUAAUCAACGCCACAACUUUGGCGAAAUGUAAUAAGGGCGUUUAUAUAAUCAAUGUUGCACGAGGGGGCAUCAUUAAUGAGGAAGAUUUGCUAGCUUCAAUAAAAAGUGGCCAUUGCGGAGGAGCCGGAUUGGAUGUAUACAUCGAAGAACCACCGAAAAGUCCGAUCACUUUGGAGCUUAUAAAGCAUCCAAAAGUUGUCGCCACUCCUCAUCUAGGUGCCAGUACUGAAGAAGCACAGCAACGAGUUGCUCUGGAGGUAGCCGAACAAUUUUUAGCACUUUCCGAAAAAUCUAAAAAGUACAGCCUAACUGGUGUAGUAAACCCCCAGGUUUUAAAGGCCUAAGUACUGACUACUUUUAAUUACUGAAAUAUUACUUAUUAUUCUACUAGUCCUCGUUUAUACUUAUACUUAUCAAAAA